AUGGAUCAUGCAGAUUUAGUAGCAGAGCUAUCUGAGAUCGAAAAAAUGACACCAGCCGAGCGAAUCGCUCUGGCACGUGAGAGAAGAAGAAUACAGUUACGUAAUUGGGAUGAUCGGGAAAAGCAAAUGACGCCUACUCCACCUCGUCGACAGCGUCUUAAAUUCAGUCCAGAAGUUGCAUUAUUAGAAGCAACUAGUAGAGGAGAUACCACUGAAGUUGAACGUUUACUUUUGGAAGGAGCGAAUCCAAACUCACACAACGAAGAUGGUUUAACUCCAUUACAUCAAUGUGCUAUCGAUAAUAAUGAGCAAAUUCUGCAAUUAUUACUAAGGAAUGGAGCUGAUGUUAAUGCGCAAGAUACAGAGCAGUGGACACCGUUACAUGCAGCUGCUUGUUGUGCUUAUAUAGAUAUUGUUCGUCUUCUUAUUGACAAUGGCGCUGAUUUGCUUGCCGUAAAUGCAGAUGGCAAUAUGCCAUAUGAUAUUUGUGAUGAUGAGGCGACAUUAGAUGUUAUCGAAUCUGAAAUGGCUUCACGUGGUGUAACACAAGCAUAUAUUGAUGAGCAACGUGGCGCAGCUGAAAAACAAAUGCUGGAUGAAAUGAAAUUAUUACGGCAAGAAGGACAUCCGUUGGAUACAAGACAAACGGAUGGAAGCACAUAUGUAAAUUAUAGCCUCCACAUAGCAGCAGCUAAUGGUUACUAUGAUGUGGCAGCGUUUUUACUAAGAUGUGGUGUAUCUCCGUCGGUAAGGGAUAAUGACCUUUGGAUGCCAGUUCAUGCAGCAGCCUGCUGGGCUCAACCUGAUCUUAUAGAACUUCUUUGCGAGUAUGGUGGAGAUAUCAAUGCAAAGACAAAUAAUGGCGAAACAGCUUUGGAUCUUUGUGAGGACACGACGACACGGGCGGUCAUUGUCACAGUUCAGCAACAGGAAGCAAGGAAGAAACGCUUGGCAUUCGGUGUUCGCGAUAGCCGAAGACAGUCAAGAAAAAGAAAAAAGUUCGAAUCUCCGCAGCAGUGUACAGCUAAUGUGGACAAUCCUUUUUCUGCUCGAGGUGCUAUUCGUCGACUCUCACUUAGAGAUCGUUCCGGAAUGACUUUGGCGAGAAUGGAAGCUCAAAAAGAGCAAACAGAUUUAUUGCGGUCGUGGAGUAAAGAAGAUGUUUCGCUCGGAAAGGAUGAUAGUAAUUCUGCCAGUAAUUGUGCUACAAGUGGACAAGGAGGUCUGGAGCCUACCAGUCAUGCUGUUGGACAAUUUGAAAAUCGCCGACGCGAUAGUCCAAGUAAAAAAGUUAUCAAGCCAUCAUCACAGAAGGCGAAACCAAUGUCACCAGAUGAAUGGCUACGAAAACUGGAUAAGGAAAAUGGCUGUGUGGAAGAUGAUGAUGAAGCAGGAGGACAGUUGCAAAGAGGUGUACGGGCCAGAAGUAGUCAGAAGAAAAAGAAGAAAAAGAAAAGUGAAGAAGAAGCAGCCAGUUCUAAUGAAAGAGAAUUAUCAAUGCUACAGAAUGGUGGAAACAUCGGUAGUGGUUGUGAUCCGAUGUUAUCUGCAGCAUCAACAUACAGCAUAAGAAAUCCAGAUUUUCCCGAAGCCAUUAGAAGACAUCAGAAGAAAGCAUGUUGUUGUGCAAUAUGUUAG